AUGCCGGAGACAGCAUUCCUCCGCACAUUGGACCGCAUUCAAAAUCCCGCUCCCGGGCAGCUUCUCCAGCAGCCGCAGGCGGCCCAGCCGUCACGGCUCCUCGCCCUGCCCAACGAGCUGCUCCUCCAGAUCCUCACGCACGCCGGCUCCGUCGACCGAAUGCUCCUCGCGCUGACCUGCAAGCGGCUCCUCGCCGUAUCCUUCAUGACCGUCACCAUGAUUCCCUCUGCGUCCAGGCACCAUGCCUAUCAGCUAAACUGCAGGGCCAUGCUCGACCUGGUGCACGCCGUACGGCCACUCGACGCUCGCGGGCGCCGCCGCGUGUCCUGGGCGCCGUGCUGCGUGUGCUAUCGAUGGCGGCCCAGGCGCAAGGCCUUUUGGAAUUUCAUACCGAAGCAAUACGCAACAGAGAUAGCUGCCGGUAUUAUGGACGAUUACGACUACAUCAUCCAACGUUGGGGCAAAAGCCGGUCCGCCAUGUACCAAUGCCCGAGCUGCUGGUGCGAUGAACGUAUCAGCCUGUACGGGCAUCUGGUGGACAGAAAGAUGAAAGGUGGGAAGAGAGGGUGA